AAUCUGAGACCCAGCAGAGGUCGCUGCUGCCCAUAGAGACUGAGGGAGCGAGGCAAGUGAAGCCCAGAAGCUUUGACAUCACACUAAGCUCCUCCUUGCACGCACACAUUACACACACACACACAAACAUACAGACACACACACGGACCGCGUACUCCUCUCUGGCCGCUCGCUCCUCAGACCUCUAGGCCGGCCCCUCCCGCAGCCAGUGUGUGCCCUCGGCGCAGCCACACGGCGAGGCGAGGAGCGCAGCGCCCGCAGCCUGAGGGACCCGGCGCGCAGCAGUAGCGGCCGCCGCGGCUGCAACCGGGCCCGCUUGCAGUUGCCUUCUUCCCCCAGCGCUCGGCGGCGGCGGCCAGGAUACCCUUGGCAGCACCCCAGGUUUCCAGCAGCCUCGCCCGCCCCCGCCGGGGCUGGAAGGCACAGAGCCGCACGCUCCUGGACCCCCUGCCACCCUAUGAGAGAAGGAGAAGCCGGGCGAAGGAGCAGGACUCUUGCCAGUCGGACUUCUCGGCAAGCGCCGCCUGGGCGCCCGUAAAGCAAAAUGCAGCCGCCGCGCUCUGGCUGAGAGAGAAAGGGGCCGGCGGCACCGGCUCGCCCGAAAUCCGCCCCCCGCGGCGGCUGCGCGUCCCGACCGCGGCCCCUCAGGCCCAGGAGUGAAGAGGUGGAGGAGGAGAGACGGCCGGCCCGGGCUUGGCAGGGGCUGGGGAGGAGGGACGGGACCCCGGAAGGGUGCGGGGGGCGGGAAGGGGGCCCCAGCGGAUAAAGAUGGCAAUGUCUCUCAUCCAAGCGUGCCGCAGUCUGGCUCUCUCAACAUGGCUGCUUUCCUUUUGUUUCGUGCAUCUGCUCUGCCUGGACUUCACCGUGGCCGAGAAGGAGGAAUGGUACACCGCCUUCGUGAACAUCACCUACGCCGAGCCCGCGCCGGACCCCGGGGCUGGGGCGGCGGGCGGCGGCGGCAGCGCGGAGCUGCACACCGAGAAGACCGAGUGCGGGCGCUACGGUGAGCACUCGCCCAAGCAGGACGCACGCGGGGAGGUGGUCAUGGCCAGCUCAGCCCACGACCGCCUGGCCUGCGACCCCAACACCAAGUUCGCCGUCCCUACCCAAGGCAAGAACUGGAUAGCUCUCAUCCCCAAGGGCAACUGCACCUAUAGGGAUAAGAUUCGCAACGCGUUCCUGCAGAACGCCUCCGCCGUGGUCAUCUUCAACGUGGGCUCCAACACCAAUGAGACCAUCACCAUGUCCCACGCAGGUGUAGAAGACAUAGUGGCAAUAAUGAUUCCUGAGCCGAAAGGGAAGGAGAUAGUGAGCCUGCUGGAAAGAAACAUCACCGUGACGAUGUCCAUCACCAUCGGGACCCGGAACUUGCAGAAAUAUGUGAGCCGCACCUCGGUUGUGUUUGUCUCCAUCUCCUUCAUUGUCCUGAUGAUCAUUUCCCUCGCGUGGCUGGUCUUUUAUUAUAUCCAGAGGUUUCGAUAUGCAAAUGCCAGGGACAGGAACCAGCUUUUGGUUUUUCAGCGCCGACUGGGAGAUGCAGCAAAGAAAGCAAUCAGCAAGCUCCAGGUCAGGACCAUAAAGAAAGGUGACAAGGAAACAGAGUCCGAUUUUGACAACUGCGCCGUCUGCAUUGAAGGGUACAAACCUAAUGAUGUGGUCAGGAUCUUGCCCUGCCGGCACCUUUUCCACAAGUCCUGUGUUGACCCCUGGCUUCUAGACCAUCGCACCUGCCCUAUGUGCAAGAUGAACAUUCUUAAAGCCCUAGGGAUCCCGCCCAAUGCUGACUGCAUGGACGACUUGCCCACCGACUUUGACGGCUCUCUGGGAGGCCCACCAACCAACCAGAUCACAGGUGCCAGUGACACAACUGUGAACGAGAGUUCAGUCACUUUGGACCCUGCUGUCCGGACUGUGGGAGCCUUGCAGGUGGUCCAGGAUUCAGACCCCACUCCCCAGGAAGGAGACAUCAUCUUCAUUACCAACAGCGAACAGGAGCCGGCUAUAAGCAGUGAUUCGGACAUCUCGCUGAUUAUGGCAAUGGAGGUUGGACUGUCUGAUGUAGAACUUUCCACUGACCAAGACUGCGAAGAGGUGAAAUCUUGAAAUGGCGAAUGUAGACAAAGGGAUGGUAGGACCCAAGGGAAAAAGGGGAGGAGUGCUCCAAGACUUGGACUGGGCACACACGCCUCCUGAACACCUUGGCCACUCCAGGGCGCUCCGUUCAAGAAUGGAAACGAAAAGCAAUAUCCAAAGUCACAUUAAGCAGGAUGCAAUUUCUCCGCCUCUACCACAGUCCACGGCCUCGGCAGCUUGGAAGCUGAAAGCUGAUUUCUCCCCUCCAAUGUCUUCGCAGACGCCUCAGAAGCUCCUAAAACAGUGACUGAAGGGACACUGUUAGGGUUUCUUAGUUUUAUUCCACUUUUUUCCAGGUCCUAUUGUCCGUGUUUUUGGAAUGUUGUUUGAUUUAUUUGGCAGUUUCUUUUUAAAGACUGUUUGUAGUUACUGUACAUCCACUCCUUUGUUGUUGUUUAUUUUUUGCUGUUGUUUUAUCCACUCAAGCUUCUGUAUAGAGUUCUGCUUAGAAGAGUUGAUUCCAACUCUUGGCGACCUCGUGUGUGUUGGAGUAGAACUACUCCAUAAGGUUUUCAAUGGCUGAUUUUUCGAAGGUAGAUUGCCAUGCCUUCCUUCUGAGGUGCCUCUGGGUUUACUCGAACCUCCAACCUUUCAAUUAGCAGCCGAGUGCAUUAACAGUUUGCACCACACAGAGAAUGUUCUAAAACCAGGCACCACAAAUUCUUCCCGUCAAAAGCAAAAUGUCUGUUGUAUUGAUUCCCCCUGGGCUAAAACAGCUCACUUGUCACCUUCACAAGUGGGUUUUGCAAGAGAUGGAGGGUUUAAAAAGGAUCCAGUCAGUCAUCUUGCAGCCCAACGGUGGCUGCACUAGCCACCUGGGUUUUAGCUUAAUUCUAACACAGGUCUGUUAAAUUUCGCCGGACCACAUGGAAAGAUUUAGGUGAAUCCUUAGCAGAUUUCUCUCCAGGGCUCCCUGAGAUGUCACAUGAGGAAUGAGCUGUGAUUUUAGAAAUCAUUUGGGCCAAAAAGUCCGUCAUAGGAAUUAGCUAAAUCAAGUUUAUCCUGAAAGAGACAAAGUAAGAGGGAGAAGAAAAGAGGCAUCAGAUGAAUAGGAAAACCUACCGAUAUUUUUAAACUGUUUUUGUUCAUAUUCUUUUUCCUGUCUAUGAUAGAGAUGUGCUAUUUUUUCAGUGGGCAAUUUUGUAAUACAUUCAGCGUCUUCUGGUGCAGAGAUGGUUUUCCAUUGCCCUGCCAAGGUGGUGGAGAGUGCCUCUGGACAGUUGGAAGAAUCGCCUCAUCAUCUGCAAGAAGUUGGCAGAGGCCAGGCCUCUGCUUGGGUUCGCAAGGAAAGCAAGCUCUUCUCACGGAGUCCUAUUUCCAUGUUUGAUGAGGGCUUUCCACCUCGUUACACUACUACUCAUUCAAAAAACAAGUUGAUUCUGCUGUAAAACCUGCUGCCUGCUGAAACAUGGAGUGCAGGCCAAGGGGACCCCUGCCUGCUUUUUCAUCACCUUUAAAGACUUCCUAUUUGAUGGCUUAUAAGCAGGCAGCACAGCAAGGAAAACGAUUACCGCCUUCAAGAACGUCGCAUCUGUCCAGGAGCCCAGCACUUCCUAUAAUGAAAUCCAGUGUCCCCGUGUGAAGGCAGAUAAGGAGGAAGGAAGAGAGCUCUGAGCCAGGAGUCAGAGGAGGCCUCAGUGGGCAGCCCACUGUUUAGGCCUCAGGAGUUUACCAUGAGGACUCCCAAGGCUCCCUCUAGCCUUAGGGCCUCUGAUAAGCGUGUUGGGGAAUCCUUUUUUCACAGGUGACAUGACAUUAGCAGAAUGUAUAGCUCAGAGAGGCAGAGUUGUUUGACAUGUAACAUACAAUCACAGCUGAUGAGAUUUGGCACUCCUAUGAUGUUGAGAAUGAAUAUCUAAGUGAUUGAAGUAUUAAAUCCAAGUAGGAGUUGUUUGUUUGGCUUUGUUUGAAAACUGCUGUUAGCUUGUAGUCUGGAUGAUAAAUACCUUCAUAUCCUGGUUAUCGGCAUGGGGAGUGUCUGUAGGAACUCCUUAACCUCAAAGGUGUUUCUUUUUCAGCAUAGGACUGCCCCACCUACCCCUCUUCAGUCAGCUUUGCCCAAAACAAACAUUGGUAUUAAAUCAAGUGAAAUUAGAAGGAUAAUUCAACAGCAAAAGAAAUAGAAAUUGUAUUCCUUGCGCUGAAAGAAAAUGCCUUUAGUGUUGUAUAGUUAGUUCCCUGUUCGAUGAAUGAUACCUCUUCCUGCCAGUGGCCAGGGACAUCAGGAAUUGAUCACACAUGUGGGCCCUGACCACAGCAGCGCCCAUAGGAUGCUUCAGAGCUGAUGAGGAGCCCAAGAGGCCAGUCCAAAGCCUAUGGAUCAGGCCCCAAGGAGGUUCUGCUGCAAACCCCGUAAGCCUAGGACAUGAUGCCCUUACCAAAGGUUUGUUUCUAGAGGACUUCCAUGCGGCUUUGGUAGUUAAAAAGAAGUUUAACAAGCAUCAAAGGGUUCAAAAGAAAGGGAAAGAACCCUGCUCCACAGCCUUCACCACCUCCCUCCAAAGAAGAGACUCUUACCUGGGGACUCAGUGGUUCACGGAUGAGUGUCAAAGAGCCUGUAACCUCUAGAAGGAUAGACAAACCAUACGUAUGUUUGCAGAUGUGCAUUUUUCUGUAAUAAGGGUCUAGACCAGCACCACCCAGUAGAAAUAUAAUGGAAGUCACAUAGGUAAUUUAAAUUUUUCUACUAGCGUCAUUCAAGAAGCAAAAGAAACAGGUGAAAAUAAUUUUAAUAAUAUAUUUUAUUUAAUCUCAUAGUUUGAACAUGUAAUUAAUAUAAAAAAUUAAUGACAUAUUUUACAUACUUUUUUAUUAUUAAUUCAUAGAAAUCCAUUUUGUACUAACACUUGCAGCACAUCUUAAUUCAGACUAGCCAGAUUUCAGCACUCAGUAGCCGUGUGUGGCUACUGGCUACCAAUUGGAUAGCAUAGGCCUACAAUUUCCCCAGAUUCUCACAAGAUUCCCUGACCCCUACAAAAGAAAAAAAGUUACAACCUUAAUUACCUCCAGAGAGAACUAGGUACCACCCAAGUCGCCUUAUGAGAGGCCGUGAGAUCCGUUUAUUUUGUAAUGGAUAGAUUCAGGCAGCCCUUCUUGAAAUUUCUGCUUAAACUUUCUAACCACACCACUGAUGUCCAUUACCAUUUAUUGUUACUGCAGGGUGAGGUUUAGUAUUAGGUUUACAGUUAGGGUAAGGGUUUAGGGUAAGUGUUAUGGUUAGGGUUAGGGGAUACGGUUAGGGGUUAGGAUUAGGUUUACAGUUAAGGUGAGGGCUUAGGGUAAGUGUUACAGGUAGGUUUAGGGUUAAGGUUAGGGUAAGUUACCGUUAUGGUUAGGAUUACGGUUAUGUUUAGGGUUAGGGUUAGAGUUAGGGUUAUUGUAAGGGUUAGGUUCAGGGUUAGAGGUGGGAUAGGGUUACGGUUAGGGUUAGGGUGAGGUUUACGUUUAGGGUGAGGGUUAAUGCUAGGGUUUGGGUUAGUGUUCAGUUUGUGUUAGGGUUAGGGUUACGGGUAGGGUUACAGUUAUGAUUAGGUUUAGGGUUAGACUUAGAGUCAGGGUUAGGGUUAAGGUAGAGGUUAGGGUUAAGUUUAGGUUUAGGGAGAUGUUUAGGGUUAGUGUUAGCAUGAAGGUAGGGUUAGGGUUAGUGUUUUGGUUGGGGUUAUGGUUAGCUUUAGUGUUAGGUUUAGGGUGAGGUUGAGGUUUUUGGUGAGGGCUAUGGUUAGGGCUAGGGUUUGAGUUUGUAUUCAGGUUAGUGUUAAGGUUAUUGCUCAGGUUAGGGUUAGUGUUAGGUUUUGGGUGCUGUUUAGGGUAGGGUUAAGGUUAGGGUAAGGGUUAGGGUUAGGUUUGGAUUAGGGUUAGGGUUAGGAGUAUGGUUAAGGUUAUUGUAAGGGUUAAGUUUAGGUUAGAGGUGGGCUAGCUUUACGUUUAGGGGUAGGGGUAGGGUUAGGGUUGGGGGAUACGCUUAGGGAUUAGGGUGAAGGUUAGGGUUAGGUUUACAGUUAAGGCGAGGGUUAAGGGUAAGUGUUACUUUUAGGGUUAGAGUAAGGAUUGGGGUUAGUUUUAGGAUGAGGGUCAUGGUUAGGUUUAGGGUUAGGGUUAAUGUAAGGGUUAGGUUCAAUGUUAGAGGUGAGCUACGGUUGCAGUUAGGGUUAGGUUUAGGAUUAGGGUUAGCCUUAGGUUUAGGUUUAGGGUGAGGUUUAGGGUUAGGGUUAAUGCUAGGGUUUGGGUUAGUGUUCAGAUAGGGUUAGGGUUACGGUUAUGGUUACGUUUAGGGUUAGGCUUAGAGCCAGGGUUAGGGUUAGGGAUAAGGUUAGGGUUAAGGUGAAGGUUAGGGAUAGGGUUAAGGUUAGGUUUAGGGUGAUGUUUAUGUAUAGGGUUAGGGUUAGGCAUCGUGGUUGGAGUGAGAUUUAGGUUAGGGUUAGGGUUAGGAUUAAGGUUAGGGUUAAGGUUAGAGUUUGGUUUAGGGUUAGGGUUAGGUUUAGUGUUCGGAUUAGGUUUAUGGUUCGGAUUAGUUAUUGUGGUUGGGGUGUUAGUUUUGGAUAGGGUUAGGGUAGGGUUAGGGGUAUGGUUAUGGUAAGGGGUUAGAGGUUAGGGAUUAGGGGUUUAGAUUAGGAUUAGGAUAUGGGUAGGCAUUGUGGUUCUAGUUAGGGUCAGGUUUGGGUUAUGGUUAGCAUUAACGUUAAGUUUAGGGUUAGGUGUAGGUUUUAGGGUUAGGGAUAGAGUUUAGGUUAAGGUUAUAGUUAGGGCUAGGAUUAGGGUUAGUGUUAGGGUUUGGCUUAGGGUUAGGGUUAGGGUGAAGCUUAGGUUAAGGGUGAGGGUUAGGGAUAGAUUUACAGUUAGGGUUAGGGGUUAGGGUUUCAGGGUUAGGGUUAGUUUUAAGUUUAGUGUUAGGUUGAAUUUUAGCUUAAGGGUGAGGGUUAUGGUUAGGGUGAGGGUUAGGGUUGGGGUGAUGUUUAGGGUUAGGGUUAGAUUUUGGGUUACAGAUAGUAUUAGGGUUACCAUUAAGUUUAGGGUUAGAGUUAGGGUGAAGUUUAGGGUGAGGGUGAGGGUUAGGUGUAGGGUUAUGGUUAGUUUGAACUUUAACUUCAGGGUGAGGGUUAGGGUUACGGUUAGGGUUAGAUUUAGGGUUAAGUGUUAGCAUUAGGGUUAGAGUUAGGGUAGGGUUAGGGUAAGGGUUAGGGUUAGGUAAGGUUUACGAUUAGGUUUAGGGUUAGGGUGAAGUUUAGGUUAAGGUUGAGGGUUUAGGGUAAUGGGUUAGGAUUAAGGUUGGGGUUGGGGUUAGGGUUAGGGUGAAGUUUAGGUGAAGGGUGAGGUUUAGGGUUAUGGUUAGGGCUAGUGUUAUGGUUAUCAUUACUGGUUAGGGUUUCAGGUAGGGUGAGGGUUAGGGUUAGUGUUAGUUUUAGGGUUAGGGUUAUGGUUAUCAUUAGGGGUUAAGGGUUAGGGGUUCGGAGUUCAAGUAGUUUAGGGUUAGGGUUGGGGUUAGGGUUAGGGUCAGUGUUAUUGUAAGGGUUAGGUUCAGGGUUAAAGGCGGGCUAGGGUUGCAGUUAGGGUUAGGUUUAGGGUCAGCCUUAGUUUUAGGUGUAAGGUGAGGAUUAGAAAAAGUUGGGGUUAAUGCUAGGGUUUGGGUUGGUGUUCAGAUAGUGUUAUGGUUAGGGCUAGGGUUACGGUUAGGAUUACGGUUAUCGCUAUGAUUAGGUUUAGGCUUAGGCUUAGAGUCAGGAUUAUAGUUAAGGUGGAGGUUAGGGAUAGGGUUAAGGUUAGGUUUACGGUGAUCUUUAGGGGUAGGGUUAGGGUUAGGCAUGUGGUUCAGGUGAGAUUUAGGUUAGGAUUAGGAUUAGAGCUAGGGUUAGGGUUAGGGUUAAGGUUAGAGUUUGGUUUAGGGUUAGGUUUAGUGUUCGGAUUAGGGUUACAGUUUGGGUUAGUCAUUGUGGUUGGCAUGAGAGUUAGGUUUGUGCUAGGGUUAGCUGUAGGGUUAGGGUUAUGGUUAUGGUUAGGGAUUACGGGAUUAGGUUAUGGUUAGGGAUUACGGGAUUAGGUUAUGGUUAGCGUUAGGAUCUGGUUUAGGUUCCCGGGUAGGCGUUGUGGUUCUAGUUAGGGUUAGGUUUGGGUUAGGUUAAGAGUUAGUGUUAACAUUAGGUUUAGGUUUUAGGGUUAGUGAUAGAGUUUAGGUUAAGGUUAUAGUUAGGGCUAGGAUUAGGGUUAGUGUUAGGGUUUCGUUUAGGGUUAUGUUUAGGUUAAGGGUGAGGGUUAGGGUUAGGUUUAGGGUUAGGAUUAGGGCUGGGGUUACGGGUUAGUGUUAGAGUUAGGGUUAGGUUGAAGUUUAGCUUAAGAGUGAGGGUAAGGGUUAGGGAAAGGGUUAGGGUUAGGUUUAGGGUUAAGGUUAGGGUUAGGGUGAAGUUUAGUUUCAGGCUGAUGGUUAGGGUUAGCUUUAGGGCUAGGAUUUGGGUUAGUGUUCAGGUUAGGUGUAGGGUUAGGUUUUGGUUUAGGGUGAUGUUUAGGGUUGGGGAUAGGGUUAGGUUUAGGGUAGUGGUCGGGUUAGGGUUAAGGUUAGGGUUAGGGUUAGAGUUAGGGUUAGAGUUUAGGUUAGGGGUUAUAGUGAGGGUUUGUGUUAGGGUUAGGUUUAGGGUUGAGGGUAGGGUUAGUUUGAAGUUUAGCUUAAUUGUGAGGGUUGGGGUUAAGUUUAUGGUUCGGGUUAGGGUAGGGCUAAGAUUAGGGUUAGGGUUAGGUCUAGGUUUAGUUUUAGAUGUAGGAUUAGGGUUAGUGUGAAGGUAAGGUUAAGGGUGAGGUUUAGGGUUAGGGUUACAGUUAGCAUUGGGUUUAGGGUUAUGGUUAGGGUCAGGGUUAGGGUGGGGGAUAAGUUUAGGGGUUAGGGUGAGGGUUAGUGUUAGGUUUACAGUUAAGUUGAGGGUUUAAGGUAAGUGCUUCAGUUAGGGUUAGGGUUAGAGUUAGGGUUAAUGUUAGGGUCUGGGUUAGGGUUAGGAUUAGGGUUAGAGUAAGAGUCAGGGGUAGGGGUAGGGGUAGGGCUAGGUCUAUGCCUAGGGCUAGUGCUAGGGUGAGGGUUAGGGUUAACGUUAGGGUUAGGGUUAGGGUGAAGUUAGGUUUCAGGAUGAUGGUUAGGGUUAGGUUUAGGGCUAGGAUUUGGUUUAGUGUUCGGGUUAUGGAUAGUGUUAGGGUUAGGGUUAGGGUUAGGGUUAGGGUUAGCGUGAUUUUCUGGGUUAGGGAUAGGGUUAGCUUUAGGGUAGGGUUUGGGUUAGGUUUGAGCUUAGGAUUAGGGUUCGGGUAAGGGUUAGGGUUAAGUUUAGGAUUAGGUUUAGGGUUAGGGUUACAGUGAAGUUUAGGGUAAGGGUUAUGAUUAGGUUUAGGGUUAGUGGUUAGGUUUAGGUUUACAGGUAGUUUUAGGGUUAGGUUUAGGGUAGGGUUAGGGUGAAAUUUAGGUUAAGGGUGUUGGUUAUGAUUAGGGUUAGAGGUUAGCAUUAGGCUUAGGAUUAGAGUUAGGGUAGGGUUAAGGUUAAGGUUAGGGUAAAGAUUAGAGUUAGGUAAUGUUUACAAUUAGGUUUAAGGCUAGGUUUAGGGUUAGGUCUAGCAUUAGUGUUAGGUUUAGGGUUUGGGUGAAACUUAGGUUAAGGGUGAGGGUUAGGGUUAGGGUUCAGGGUUAAGACGGGUUGGUGUUACGGUUAGUGUUAGGUCUAGGGUUAGUUUUAGUGUUAGGGUUAGGUGUAGGGUUAGGGUUAGGGUGUAGUUUAGGUGAAGGGUGAGGUUUAGGGUUAGGGUUAGGGUCAUGGUUAGGGUGUUAUGUUUAUUGUUAGGGGUUAUGGGUUAGGGUUUCAGGUAGCGUUAGGUUUAGGGUAAGGGUUAAGGUUAGGGUUAGGGUAAGGGUUAGGGUUAGUUUUAGGAUUAAGGUUAGGGUUAAGGUUAGUGUUAUGGUUAUCGUUAGGGGUUAAGUGUUAGGGGAUAGUGGUUCAGGUAGAUUAGGGUUAGGUUUAGGGUUGGGUUUAGGGUUAGGGUUAGGGUCAGGGUCAGUGUUAUUGUAACGGUUAGGUUCAGGGUUAAAGGUGGGCUAGGGUUGUGGUUAGGGUUAGGAUUAAGAUUAGGAUUAGCCUUAGGUUUAGGUGUAAGUUUAGGGUUAGGGUUAAUGCUAGGCUUGGGUUUGUGUUCGGAUAGUGUUAUGGUUAGGGUUACGGUUAGGAUUACGGUUAUGGUUAUGAUUAAGUUUAGGGUUAGGCAUAGAGUUAGGGUUAAGUUUAGGGUUAAGGUGGAGGUUAGGGAUAGGGUUAAGGUUAGGUUUAGGGUGAUGUUUAGGGGUAGGUUUAGGGUUAAUGUUAGGUUUAUGGUUAGGGUUAGGGUUAGACGUGGUUCGGGUGAGAUUUAGGUUAGGGUUAAGGUUAGAGUUUGGGUUAGGGUUAGGGUUAGGGUUUGGAUUAUGGUUACAGUUUGGGUUAGUCAUGGUUUGUGUGAGCAUUAGGUUUGUGUUAGGGGUAGGGUUAGGAUUAGGGUUACGGUUAGGGUUAGCUUUAGGGUUAGGGUAGGGUUAGGGUUAUGAUUAUGGUAAGGGGUUAGGGGUUAGGGAUUAGGGGUUUAGUUUAGGGUUAGGAUUUGGGUUAGGGUCCCAGGUAGGCGUUGUGGUUCUAGUUAGGGUUAGGUUUGGGUUAGGGUUAGUGUUAACAUUAGGUUUAGGGUUAGGUGUAGGUUUUAGGGUUAGGGAUAGAGUUUAGGUUAAGGUUAUAGUUAGGGCUAGGAUUAGGGUUAGUGUUAGGGUUUGGUUUAGAGUUAAGGUUAAGGUGAAUUUUAGGUUAAAGGUGAGGGUUAGGUUUAGGGUUAGGGUUGGGGUUGGGUUUAUGGGUUAGGGUGAAUUUUAGUUUCAGGGUUAUGGUUAAGGUUAGGUUUAGGGCUAGGAUUUCGGUUGGUGUUCAGGUUAGGAAUAGGGUUAUGGUUAGGUUUAGGGUGAUGUUUAGGGUUAGGGUUAGUGCUAGGUUUAGGGUAGGGGUUGGGUUAGGGUUAAGGUUAGGGUUAGGGUAAGGGUUAGGGUUAGGUUUAGGCUUAGGAUUAGGGUUAGGGUGGGGUUAGGGUUAGGGUUAGAGUUUGGGUUAGGGUUUAGGGUUAGGGUUAGAUUUUAGGAUAGGGUUAUAGUUAGGGUUUGUGUUAGGGUUGAGUUUAGGCUUCGUUUGAAGCUUAGCUUAAGGGUGAGGGUUGGGGUUAAGGUUAGGGUUAGGGUCAAGGCAGGGUUAAUAUUAGGGUUAGGGUUAGGUUAGGGUUAGUUUUAGGAUUAGGGUUAGGGUUAGGUCUAAUGUUUUAGGUUUAGGUGUAGGAUUAGGGUUAGUGUGAAGGUAAGGUUAAGGGUGAGGUUUAGGGUUAGCGUUUCGGUUUGAGUUAGCAUUAGGGGUUAGGGUUAGGGUUAUUGUUAGAGUUAGGGUUAGGGUUACGGAUAGGGGUUAAGGUUAGGGCAGGGGGAUAAGUUUACAGUUUAGGGUGACGGUUAGUGUUAGGUUUACAUUUAAGGUGAGGGUUUCAGGUAAGUGCUUCAGUUAGGGUUGGGGUUAGUAUUAGGGUUAAUAUUACGGUCUGGGUUAGCGUUAGAGUUAGAGUCAGGGUUAGGGUUAGGGGUAGGGCUAGGAUUAGGUCUAGGUCCAGGUCUAGGUCUAUGGCUAGGGCUAGGGUUAGGGUUAGGGUAGGGUUAAGGUUAACAUUAGGGUUAGGGCUAGGGUGAAGUUUAGUUUCAUGGUGGUGGGUGAAGUUUAGUUUCAGUGUGGUGGUUAGGGUUAGGUUUAGUGCUAGGAUUUGGGUUAGUGUUCAGGUUAGUGUUCAGAUUAGGGAUAGUGUUAGGGUUAGGGUUAGGGUUAGGGUUAGGGUGAUGUUCAGUUUAGGGAUAGGGUUAGAUUUUAGUAGGGCCCGGGUUAGGGUUAAGGUUAGGGUAAGGGUUAGGGUUAGGUUUAAGAUUAGGGUGGAUUUAGGUUUAGUGUUAGGUUACAGUGAAGUUUAGGUUAAGGUUGAGGGUAAGGGUUAUGGUUAGGGUUAGAGGUUAAGUUUAGGGCUCGGCUUAGGUUUAGGUUUAGGGGUAGUUUUAGGUUUAGGUUUACGUUUAGUGUUAGGGUGAAGUUUAGGUUAAGGGUGAUGGUUAGUGUAAGGGUAAGGUAUAGGGAUAGGGUUAGGGCUAGGUUUAGGGUUAGGAGUUAAGUUUAGGGUUACAGUUAGGGUUAGGUUUAGGGUUAGUGUUAUGGUUAGAGUUUAGGCGAGGGUUAGUGUUAUAGUUAGUGUUAGGGUUAGGUUUAGGGUUAGUUUUAGGGUGGAGUUUAGGGUUAGUUUGAAGUUUAGCUUAAGGUUGAGGGUUGGGGUUAGGGUUACAGUUAUGUUAGGGUUGGGGCUAUUGUUAGGGUUAGGGUUAGCGUUAGGAUAGUGUUAAGGUUAGGCUUCGGGUAAGGGUUAGUGUUAGGGUUAGGUUUAGGGUCAGAGUUGGUGUUAUGGGUUAGGGAUAGGGUUAGUUUUACGUUUAGGGUUAGGUUUAGGGUUAGGUCAGAGUUUAGUUUAGGGUUAUAGUUAGGGUUAGUGUUAGGGUUAGGUUUAGGUUUAGUUUUAGGGUUGAGGUUAGGGUUAGUUUGAAGUUUAGCUCACUUGUGAGGGUUGGGGUUAAGGUUAGAGUUAGGGUAGGGUUAAGAUUAGGGUUAAGGUUAGGGUUAGUUUUAGUGUUAGGUUUACGUUUAGGGUGAAGGUAAGGUUAAGGGUGAGGGUUAAGGUUAGAGUUAGCAUUAGGUGUUAGGGUUAGGUUUAGGGAUAGGAUUAGUGUUAGGAUUAGAGUUAGGGUUACGGAUAGGCUUAGGGUUAGGGCAGGGGAUAACGUUACAUGUUAGUGUGAGGGUUAGUUUUAUGUUUACAGUUAAGGUGAGGGUUUAAGGUAAGUGUUUUGGUUAGGGUUAGGGUUAGAGUUAGGGUUAUUGUGUGGGUGUUUGUUACGGUUAGGAGUAGGGUUAGAGUCAGGGGUAGGGCUAGGGCUAUGUCUAGGGCUAGGUCUAGGUCUAUGGCUAGGGCUAGGGUUACGGUUAGGGUUAGAUUUAGGGUUAACAUCAGGGUUAGGGUUUUGGUUAGGAUUAGAGUUCGGUUGAGGGUUAGGGUAAAGUUUAGUUUCAGGGUGAUGGUUAUGGCUAGGUUUAGGGCUAGGAUUUGGAUUAGUUUUCUAGUUAGAGAUAGGGUUAGGGUUUGGUUUAGGGUGAUGUUUAGGUUUAGGGAUAGGGUUAGCUUUAGGGUAUGGUUCGGGUUCGGGUUAGGGUUAGGGUAAGGGUUAGGUUUAGGUUUAGGAUUAGGGUUAGGGUGGGGUUAGGUUUAGGGUUAGGGUUACAGUGAAGUUUAGAUUAAGGGCGAGGUUAAGGGUUAUGGUUAGGUUUAGGGUUAGGGGUUAGGUUUAGGGCUAGGGUUAGGUUUAGGUUUAGGGGUAGUUUUAGGGUCAGGGUUAGGGUGAAUUUUAGGUUAAGUGUGAUGCUUAGGGUUAGGGUAAGAGAUAGGGUUAGGGUUAGAGUUAGGAUUAGGAUUAGGUUGAGUGUUAGGGGUUAGGGCUAGGGUUAUAGGCAGGGUUAGGAUUUGAGUUAGUAUUAGAGGUUUGGAUUAGUGUUAGGUUUAGGGUUAGAGUUAGAGUUAGGGUUACGGUUAAGGUUAUGGAUAGGGUUAGGGUAGGGGGCUAAGUUUAGGGGUUAGGGUGAGGGUUAGUGUUAGGUUUAGAGUUAAGGUGAGGGUUUAAGGUAACUGCUUCAGUUAGGGUUAGUGUUAGAGUUAGGGUUAGUUUUAGGGUCUGGGUUAGGGUUAGGAUUAGGUUUAGCUUUAGGGUUAAGGUUAGAGUCAGGGUUAGGUUUAGAGUUAGCGGUAGAGCUAGGGCUAGGUGUAUGGCCAGGGCUAAGGCUAGUGUUAGGGCUAGGGCUAGGGUUAGGUUUAAAGUUAGGGUGAAGUUUAGUUUCAGGGUGAUGAUUAGGGUUAGGUUUAGGGCUAGGAUUUGGGUUAAUGUUCAGGUUCAGGUUAGGGGUAGGGUUAGGGUUAGGAUUAGGGUUAGGGUAGGGUUAGGUUUAGGGUUAGGGUUACAGUGAAGUUUAGAUUAAGGGUGAGGGUAAGGUUUAUGGUUAGGGUUAAGUUUAGGGUUAGGGGUUAGGUUUAGGGCCAGGGUUAGGUUUAGGUUUAUGGGUAGUUUUAGGUUUAGUUUUAGGGUUAGGGUGAAGUUUAGGUUAAGGUGAUGGUUAGGGUUAGGCUAAGGGAUAAGUUUAGGGUUAGGGUUAGAGUUAGCGUUCAGGUUACUUUUAGGGUUAGGGUGAAUUUUUGUUUCAGGGUGAUGGUUAGAGUUAGGGUUAGGUCUAGGGUUAGUUUAAUGUUAGUUUUCAGUGUAGGAUUAGGGUUAGUGUGAAGGUAAGGUUAAGGGUGAGGUUAGGGUUAGGCUUAGAGUUAGCAUUAGGGGUUAGGGUUAGGGUUACGGAUAGGGUUAGGGUUAGGGUGAGGGUUAGUGUUAGGUUUACAGUUAAGUUGAGGGUUUAAGGUAAGUGCUUCGGUUAGGGGUAGGGUUAGAAUUAGGGUUAGUGUUAGGGUCUGGGUUAGGUUUAGGGUUAAGGUUAGGGUUAGGGUGAAAUUUAGUUUCAGGGUGAUGGUUAGGGUUAGGUUUAGGGCUAGGAUUUGGGUUAGAGUUCAAAUUAGGGAUAGUGUUAAGGUUAGCGUUAGGUUUAGGGUGAUGUUUAGUGUUAGGGAUAAGUUUAGGGUAGGGUUCGGGUUAGGGUUAAGGUUAGGGUGAGGGUUAGGUUAAGCAUUAAGGUUAGUUUUAGGUUUAGGAUUACACUGAAGUUUAGGUUAAGGGUUAGGUUUAGGGUUAGGUCUAAGGUAACUUUAAUGUUAGGUUUCGGUGUAGGAUUAGGGUUAGGGUGAAGAUAAGGUUAAGGGUGAGUUUAGGAUUAGGGUUAGGGUUAGCGUUGGCAUUAGGGGUCUGGGUUAAGGUUAGGGUUAGGGUUAUGGAUAGGGUUAGGGUUAGGGUAGGGGGAUAAGUUUAGGGGUUAGGGUGAGGGUUAAAAAAAAACAAAACAAACAAGCAAAAACGGUUAGUAUUAGGUUCAUAGUUAAGGUGAGGGUGUAAGGUAAGUGCUUCGGUUAGGGGUAGGGUUACAAUUAGGGUUAGUGUUAGGGUCUGGUUUAGGGUUAGGGUUAGGAUUAGGGUUAGAGUUAGAGUCAGUGUUAGGGGUAGGGAUGGGGUAGGGCUAGGGUUAGGGUUCGGUUUAGGUCUAGGUGAUGGCUAGGGCUAGAGUUAAGGUUAGGGUUAGGUUUAGGGGUAAGUUUAGGGUUAAGGUUAGGGGUAGGGUUUGGGUUAGGGUAAGGUUAGGGUUAGGUUUAGGAUUAGGGUGAGAUUAGGGUUAGACUGAAGUUAAGGUUAAGGGUGAGGGUAAGGGUGAGUGUAAGAGUUAGGAUUAGGGUUAGAUUUAGGUUUAGCGGUAGUUUUAGGGUUAGCAUUAUGAUUAGGGUUUUGUUCAGGGUUAGGGUUACAGUGAAGCUUAGGUUAAGGGUGUGGAUUAGGGUUAGGGUUAGGUUUUGGUUUAGGGUUAGGAUUAGGUUACAGUCACAUAUAGGUUUAAGGUUAGGGUUAGGGUUUUGUUCAGGGUUAGGGUUUGGGUGAAGCUUAUGUUAAGAGUGAGGGUUAGGGUUAGGGUUAGGGUUAGGGUUAGGGUUAGGGUUAGGGUUAGGGUUAGGGUUAGGGUUAGGGUUAGGGUUAGGGUGAAGUUUAGGUUCUGCGUGAUGUUUAGGAUUAGGUGUAGGGCUAGGUUUUGGGUUAGUGUUCAGGUCAGUUUUCAGGUUAGUGAUAGUGUUAGGGUUACGUUUAGGUUUAGGUUGAUGUUUAGGGUUAGGGAUACGGUUAGUUUUAAGGUAGGCUUAGGGUUAUGGUUAGGGUUAGGCUUACAGCUAGCGUUAGGUUUAGGGUUAGGGUUAGGGUGAAGUUUAGGUUCUGUGUGAUGAUUAGGGUUAGGUUUAGGGGUAGGGUUUGGGUUAGUGUUCAGGCUAGGGAUAGUGUUAGGGUUAGGUUUAGUUUUAGGGUGAUGUUUAGGGAUAGGGUUAGGUUUAGGGUGGAGUUAGGGUUAAGUUUAGGGUAAGGUUUAGGGUUACGUUCAGGAUUAGGUUAGGGUAGGGUUAGGUUUAAGGUUAGGGUUAGAUUGAAGUUUAGGUUAAGGGUGAGGUUAAGUGUUAUAGUUAGGAUUAGGUUAGGGUUAGGGGUUAGGGUUAAGAUUAGGGCUAGGGUGGUUUUAGGAUUAGGGUUAGGGUGUUUUUAGGAUUAGGUUUAUGUUUAGGGUCAGGGCAAAGUUUAGGUUAAGAGUGAUUGUUAGAGUUAGGAUUAAGGUUAGAGUUAGGGUUAGGGGUUAUGUUUAGGUUUAGGUUUAGGGUAUGGUCAAGUUUAGGGUUAAGGUAAGGGUUAGGUUUAUGUUAGGUUUAAGGUUAUGGUAGGGUUAUCAUUAGGGUUAGGUUUAGGUUUAGGAUUAGGGUUAGGGUUAGGAUUAGGGUUAGGGUUUUGUUCAGGGUUAGGUUUAGGGUGAAGUUUAGGUUAAGGAUGAGGGUUAGGGUUAGGUUUAGGGUUAGUUUUACUCUUAGCAUUAGGUUUAGGGUUAGGGUUAGGGUGAAGUUUAGAUUAAGGUGAGCAUUAGGGUAGGGUUAGGAUUAGAGGUUAGGGUUAGGUUUUAGGGUUAGGGUUUUAGUGUAGGGUUAGGGUUGGGGUUAAGUUUAAUGUUAGGGUUAGGGUUAGGUUUAUGGUUAGGGUUAGGGUAGGUUUAGGGUUAGUGUGAGGUUUAGGUUUAGGGUGAGUGUUAGGUUUAGGGCUAGGUUUUCAGUUAGUGUUCAGGUUAGGGACAUUGUUUAGGUUAGGUUUAAGUUUAGGGUGAUGCUAGGGGGUAGGGAUAGGAUUAAGUUUAGGGUAGGGUUAGGGUUAAGGUAAGGGUUAGGGUUAGGUUUAUGAUUAGGGUUUUGGGUGGCAUUAGGUUUAGGGUUAGGUUAGAUUGAAGUUAACGGUGAGGGUAAGGGCUACGGUUAGGGUUAGGUUAGGGUUAGGGGUUAUGCUUAGGAUUAGGGUUAGGUUUAGGUUUAUCGGUAGUUUUUGUGUUAGGAUUAUUGUUAGGGUGAAGUUUAGGUUAAGUGUGAUGGUUAGGGUUAGGGUAAGGGUUAGGGUUAGGGUUAUAGGUUAAGGUUAGGUUUAGGGUUAGGGUAUGUUCUAGUUUAGGGUUAAGGUUAGGAUUAGGGUAAUGGUUAGGUUUAUGGUAGGUUUAAGGUUUUAAGGUUAGGGUUAGGGUUUGGUUAGGUUUAGGGUUAGGGUUUUGUUCAGGGUUAUGUUUAGGGUGAAGUUUAGUUUAAGGGUGAAGGUUAGGGUUAGGGUUAGUUUUAGGCUUAGCUUUAGGGUUAGGGUGAAGUUUAGCUUAAGGCUGAGCGUUAGGGUAGGGUUAGGGUUAGUUUUAGAGGUAUGAUUAGGGGUUAGGGUUAGGUUUUAGGGUUAGGGUUAAUGUUAGUGUAGGGUUAGGUUUAAUGUUAGUGUAGGUUUAGGGUUGGGGUUGUUUAAUGUUAGGGUUAUAGUUAGGGUUAGGGUUAGGGUAUGGUCAAGUUUAUUGUUAACGUUAGGGUUAGGUAAGGGUUAGGUUUAUGUUAUUUUUAAGGUUAGGGGUAUGGUAGGGUAAGGGUUUGUGUUAGGUUUAGGAUUAGCGUUAGGGUAAGGGUUUUGUUCAGGAUUAGGGUUAGGGUGAAAUUUAGGUUAAGGGUGAGGGUUAGGGUUAGAGUUAGGUUUAGGGUUAGUUUUAGGCUUAGCAUUAGGUUUAGGGUUAGGGUGAAGUUGAGGUUAAGGAUGAGCAUUAGGUAGGGUUAGGGUUAGGGUUAGAGGUAUGAUUAGGGGUUAGGGUUAGGUUUUAGGGUUAAGGUUAUGGUUAGGGUUGGGGUUGUUUAAUGUCAGGGUUAGGGUUAGGGGUAGGGUUAUGGUUAGGGUUCAGGGGUUAGUGUUAGGGUGAAGUUUAGGUUCUGAGUGAUGGUUAGGCUUAGGUUUAGGGCUAGGGUUUGGUUUAGUUUCAGGUUAGGGAUAGUGUGUAGGGUUAGGUUUAGGUUUAGUGCAAUGUUUAGUGUUAGGGAUAGGGUUAGGUUUAAGGUAGGGUUAGGGUAAGGGUUAGGGUUAGGUUUUGGAUUACAGUAAGGUGGGGUUAGGGUUAGAUUGAAGUUAAGGGUGACAGUAAGUGUGACGGUUAGGGUUAGGGUAAGGGUUACGGUAAGGGUUAGCGUUAGGGCUCGAGUUAGAUUUAGGGUUAGGCUUACGGUUAAGGUACAGUCAAAUUUAGGGCUAGGGUAAGGGUUAGGUUUAUGUUAGGUUUAAGGUUAGGGUUAGGGUUAGGUUUAGGAUUAGCGUUAGGGUUAGAGUUUUGUUCAGGGUUACUGUUAGUGUGAAGUUUAGGUUAAGGGUGAGGUUCAGGGUUAGUUUUAGGCUUAGCAUUAGGUUUAGGGUUAGCAUGAAGUUUAGGUUAAGGAUGAGAGUUAGGUUAGGGUUAGGGUUAGAGGUAUGAUCAGGGGUUAGGGUUAGGUUUUAGGGUUAAGGUUAGUGUUAGUGUAGGGUUAGGGUUGGGGUUGGGGUUGUUUAAUGUUAGGGUUAGGGUUAGGGUUAGGGGUUAGGGUUAGGGUUUGGUUUAGGGUGAUCGUUAGGGAUAGGGUUAGCUUUAGGGUAGGGUUUGGGUUAGGGUUAAGGUUAGGGUUAGGGUAAGGUUUAGGUUUAGGAUUAGGGUUAGGGUGGGGUUAGGGUUAGGGUUAGAUUGAAGUUUAGGUUAAGGGUGAGAGUAAGGCUUAUGGUUCCGGUUAAGGUUAGGGGUUAGGGUUAGGAUUAGGGUUAGGUUUAGGCUUAGUGGUGGUUUUAGGGUUAGGUUUAGGGUUAGGGUGAAGUUUAGGUCAAGGUUGAUGGUUAGGGUUGGGUUUAGGUUUAGUGUUCGAAUUAGGGUUAAUUUUAGGGUUAGGGUUAGAUAUAAGGUUAGGCUUAGGGUACAGUGAAGUUUAGGAUUAGGGUUAGUGUAGGUUUGGGUUAGUGCGAGGUUUAGAUUUAGGGUGAGGGUUAGGGUUAGGCCUAGGGUUUGGGUAGUGUUCAGUUUAGUGUUAAGGUUACAGUUAGGGUUACCUUUAGGGUUAGGGUUAGGGUAGGGUUAGUGUUACGUUUAGGGUUAGGGUUAGAGUCAUGAUUAGGGUUAGGAUUAAGUUUAGGUUUAAGGUGUAGAUUGGGUUAGGGUUAGGGUUAUAUUUAGGGUCAGGUUUAUGUUAAGUGUGAUGUUUAGUGUUAGGGUUAGGCGUAGGUUGAGGGUUAGGGUUAGGAUUUCAGUUAGGGCUAGGGUUAGGGUAAGGAUUAGGUUUAGGGUUAUGGUUAGAUUUAGGUUUAGACUUACAGUCCGGGUUAGGGUUAGGGUUAGUGUUAGUGUUAGUUUUAAGGUUAUCGUUUAGGGUUAGGGUUAGUCUUAGUGUAGCUUUAGUGUUAGGGUUAGGUUAGGGUUAGGGCUAAGGUUUGGGCUAGGUUUAGGGUUGUGAUUUGGACUUUGGUUAGGGUUAGGGUGAGGUUUAGGUUUAGGGUGUGGGUGAGGGUGAGGGUUACGACUAGGCUUUGGGUUAGAGUUCACGUUUGUUUUAAGGUUAGUGUUAAUGUUAGGUUUCGUGUCAGUGUUAGGUUGAACAUGAGGUUUAGGUUAAGUGUGAGGGUUAGGGUUAGCAUUAGUUUAGGGUGAGGGUUAAGGUUAGGUUUACAGUUAGGGCGCUAGGUUUAGGUUAAGGGUUAGGUUUAGUGUAAUGGUUAGGUUUAGUGUUAGGCUUAGUUUCAGCUUUAGGUUAUCGUUAGGGUGGAGGUUACGGUUAGGGUUAGGUGUAGAGCAAGGUUUAGUUCAAGGGUUAGGGUUAGGUUUAGUGUUUAGGGUUAGCAUUAGGUUUAGGGUUAUGGUUAGGGCUAGAGUGUUAGUGUAGGUUUAGGGUUAGGGUUAACGUUAAUGUUAGGGUUAGGGUUACAGUUAGGGUUCCGGUUAGGGUUAGGUUUAGGGUUAGGGUAGGUUUAAGCUUAGGGUUAGGGUUAAGUUUAGGGCAUAAGGUUAGGGGUUAGGUUUAAGGUAAGUUUUAGGGAUAGGAUUAGGAGUUAGGGUUGGUGUUGGGGUGAAGUUUAGUUUAAGUUUCUGGUUAAGUCUUAAGGUUAGGUUUAGGGUGAAGGUAGGGUUAGGGUUAAAGCUAGGGUUAGGUUUAGGAUGUGUUACCGUUAGGGUUAGGGUUAUGGUUCGGGUUAGUGUUUAGGGUUACAGUUAUGGUUUGGGUUUAGGGUUAGGGUUAGUGUUAGGCAUUGUGCUUAGGGUUAGAGUUAGGGUUAGGGUAGGGUUAAGGUUAGGGUUAGGGUAGGGGGAUAAGGUUAGGGGUUAGGGUGAUCGUUAGUGUUAGGUUUAUAGUGAAGGUGAGGGUUUAAGGUAGGGUUAGGGUUAGGGUUAAGGUGAAGUUUAGGUUAAAAGUGAUGGCUAGAGUCACAGUAAGGGUUAGGGUUAGGGUUAGAUUUAGGGUUAGGUUUAGGGUAUGGACAAGUUUACAGUUAAGGUUAUGGUUAGGGUAAGGGUUAGGGUAAGGGUUACGGUUAGAUUUAGGAUUAGGGUUAGGGUUUUGUUUAGGGUUAGGGUGAAGUUUAGGUUAAGGGUGAGGGUUAGGGUUAGGUUUAGGGUUAAUUUUAAGCUUAGCAUUAGGUUUAGGGUUAAGUGUGAGGCUUUGGGUUAUGGUUAGGUUUAGGGUUAACAUUACGGUUAGGAUUAGCGUUAUUGUUAGGGUUAGUGUUACGGUUAGGGUUAGGGUUAGGUGUACGGUUUGGGUUAGAGUUAUGGUUAAUGUUCAGGUUAGGGUUAGAUUUAAGAUUAGGGCACGUUAUACCGUUAGGGUUAGGAUUAGGUUUAGGUUUCGGGUGAGGGUUAGGUUUAGUGUUAGGGCUAGUAUUUGGGAUAGUGUUCAGGUUAGAGUUAAGAUUAGGGUUAAGGUUACAGUUAGGGUUAUGGUUAGGGUUAGGGCCAAGUUUCAGGGUCGGGUUAGGCAUAGUGCACCUGUUUAGGGUUAGGUUUGGGUUAGGGUUAGGUUUAGGGUAAAGUUUAGGUUAAGGGUUAGGGUUACAGUUACGGUAUGUUAGGGUUAGGGGUUAGCGUUAAGGUUAGGGUAGGAUUAAGAUUAGGGUUCUGAUAAGGGUUUUUAAGGUUAUGUUUAGGGAUUGGGUUAGGCUUUGGUGUUUGGGGUUAGGGUCAGGGGUUACCGUUAGGUCUUAGGGUUAGGGUAGUGUUAGUGUUAUGGUUAUGCUUAUGGUUAGGGAUUACAUUUUAUGGGUUCAGUGUUUAUGUUGGUUAGGGUUAGGGUUAGCAUUAGAGUUAGUGUUAGGGUUAUAUUUAAGAUUAGGGUGAGUUAUAGGGUUAGAGUGAGGGUUAGGUUUAUUAUUAGGUUUACAGUUAAGGUGAGGGUUUUUGUAACUGUCACCUUUAGGUUUAGGUAUAGACGUAGGGUUAGGGUUAGGGUUAGGUAUAGGGAUAUGGUUAGGCUUUAGGGUUGAAGUUAUGGUUAGUUUUAUGAUUUGGGUUAGGGUUGGGGUUAGGGCUAGGUUUUGGGUUAGGGUUGGGGUAGGGUUAUGGUUCCGGUUAGUGGUUGGGGUUAAGAGUUAGGGUUAGGGUUGGGUUAUGGUUAGGUUUAGGGUCAGGGUUAGGGUUGUGGUUAGGGCUAGGGUUAGGGUAGGGUUAUGGUUAGUCUUAGGGUUAGGGUUACGGCUAGGGUUAGGGUUAGGGUAAGGUUUAGGGUUAUGGUGACAGCUAGGGUUUGGGUUACUGUUCUGGUUAGUGUUAAGGUUAAUGUUAGGUUUAGUGUUAGGUUUAGGUGAUAGGGUUAGGGGUGAGGGUUAAAUUAAUAAGUAGGGAUAGGAUUAGGAAGUAGGGUUGUGGUUGGGGUGAGUUUAAGUGUAAAGGUUAGUUUAGAGUUAAGUUUAGGGUGAGGGUGGGGUUAGGGUUAUGGUUAGGGCUAGGCUUAAAUUUAGGUUCAGUGUUAGGGUCAGAAUUAAGAUAAGGACCAGGGUUAGGGUUAGGUUUAUUGUUAGAUUUAGGGUUAGGGUUACAGUUAUGGUUAGGGUAAGAUUAUGGGUUAGGGUUAGUGUUACGUUUAGAGUUUUGGUUAGGGUUCGGGUAAGCCCUAACACUAACCCCUAACCAUAACCUCUAACACCAAAGCAUAACUCAAUCCCUAAACCUCACUCUAACACUAAGCGUAACCCUAACCCUAUCCCUAACUGUAACCUUAACAUUAUCCCUAAGCCCAAUGUUGUGCUAACACUAAUGCUAACCCUAACCUUAAACCUAAUCUUAACCCUAACCCUAAUUCUACCCUAACACUGACACUAAAUCUAAUCCUAAACAUCACCUAACGUUAACCCUAAGCUUCACCUUAACCCUUACAUUAACACUAACCCUAACCACAAAACUAACCAUAACUGUAACCCUAACCCUAAACAUAACCCUAACAGUAACCUGAACACUAACCAAACCCUAGCCCUCACCCUAUACCUAAACCUCACCCUAAACGUAACCUUAACCCUAACACUAACACUAAACCUAACAUUAACCCUUCCCCUAAACAUUAAACCUAACCCUAAACACUAACCCAUAUCAUACCCCUAACCCUAACCUUAAGCCUGAGACCUUACCAUAUCCCUAUACCUAACCCUAACGGCAGUGGGUUUAACCCUAACCAUAACUCUAACCCUAAACCUAACUGUAACACUUACCCUAAACCCUCACCUUAACUGUAAAUCUAACUCUAACUUUAACAGUAACCCCUAAAACUAUCCCCCAACCCUAACCCUAAUGCUAACCUAAACCCCUAACCCUUAACCCUAACCCCUAACACCAAAGCAUAACUCAAUCUCUAAACCUAACCCUAACCAUAAAACUAACCCUAACCCAAACUUAAACCUAACACAAACCAUUACGCCCAACCAUAAAGCCGAAACCUAAACCAUAACUGUAACUCUAACCCAAACCCUAACUCCUAACCCUAACACAAACCAUAAUCCUAGAGCUAGCCCUAACACUCAAACUAAACCUAACCCUAGCCCAAACCAUAAGCCUAACCCUAUAC